AUGACGGGACAGAGGGGCAGCAGAGCGAUGACGACCCAGGUUCUGACUGCGGUCCUGGGACUUUUCUUCCUCACCUCGGCCGCCUCUGCGGAGGAGUACGACUACUACAGCUGGCAGUCGGACAAUUUCCACAACGGCCGCUUCUACACCAAACAGCCGCAGUGCGUGGACAUCCCGGCGGACCUACGCCUGUGCUACAACGUGGGCUACAAGAAGAUGCGCCUCCCCAACCUGCUGGACCACGAGACCAUGCCGGAGGUCAAACAGCAGGCGGGCAGCUGGGUGCCCCUUUUGGCCAAGCGUUGUCAUGCCGACACGCAGGUGUUCCUGUGCUCGCUGUUCGCGCCCGUGUGUCUGGACAGGCCCAUCUACCCGUGCCGUUCGUUGUGCGAGGCCGUCAGGGACAGCUGCGCCCCUGUCAUGGAAACGUAUGGCUUCCCCUGGCCGGAGAUGCUCCAGUGCGAAAAGUUCCCCAUUGACAACGACCUCUGCAUACCCAUGCAGUUUUCUGGAAACCAUGCCACCCAGACCCCAGUUUCAAAGGUUUGCCCACCUUGUGACAAUGAACUGAAGGCUGACACCAUAAUGGAGCAUUUCUGUGCCAGUGACUUUGCACUUAAAAUGAAGAUUAAAGAGGUUAAAAAAGAGAAGGGUGACCGGAAACUCAUAGCAGCACAGAAGAAGAAGAAGGUCCUAAAGAUGGGAGUCCUGCGUAAGAAGGAUCUGAAAAAACUCACCUUGUACAUCAAAAACGGAGCAAACUGUCCCUGCUCGCAACUGGACAACCUUGGAAGCAACUUCCUCAUCAUGGGCCGCAAGGUGGAUCAACAGCUACUCCUUAUGUCCAUUCACAAGUGGGAGAAAAAGAGCAAGGAGCUCAAAUUCGCCAUUAAAUACAUGAAGUCUCAUCAGUGCCCUACCUACCACACAGUUUUCCAGUGA